AGCGCAUGGGAAGAUGGGCACCUUCAGACUAACCAAGCAGGCCCAGCCUUUGGCUUGCCUAUGGCUCGAUUGUACACAGAAUACUUCAGGGGCAGUCUGUGGUUGUAUUCCUGUCAUGGAUACGGCACAGAUGUCUUUAUCCGAUUGGGGCUUUCCUUAGACAAUCGCGAAACGAAGCAACUGAUAUAAGCGAAUACAACGAUGCGCGCUCUCUAUGUUCUAUUUAUAGAUGGGAUAUACCGCAUGACCCCACAUGGCACUAUUAGUUAGUCUCAUCGUCAUGCUAGGCCGACCCACCCAUUCAAUGCUUGGCAAGAACAGGCGGUUCAGCCAGUGUAGAGAUUGGUUCUGAAUCCCUCAGAAUUCGUCUGGUGAUCCCCCUAUACCCCACUCAGCGGUGUACAUGGUUUUAGUAUUGCUCGUGAGAAACAAGACUUACACCCAGAGGCUACGUAUCUAUAGCCUAUUCUGGGAUAAAAAGAGACCAGGUAGUAGUAGGUCCGUGCGUGCUGUGGUGGUGGCUAACCGAGCGACCGGUCGUCACGGAUGAAGUUCGGAACAUUUGAAACCAGGCUUCAUUGACAGCGGGAAUACGUAGAACUCCGGGAAAGCCACUGAGGAGGGACACAAAUGAGCUCAGUGGCAGCUUGAAGGUACUGGGCCAUAGAAUAAGAGACGCUUAGGGUGGGGUUAGGCUGGUGAAAUAGCACGUGGGCGGGUGUUGGUAAUUGGAGUGUGAUGUAUUGAGAUAGGUGACGGCUGGGAGGAUCUGGUACUAGAGAGAGGCGAUUCUUUUGAUCACACACGUGGGAUGAAGGGUAGCCGCAGCUAGUGUCAACUUGGCUAAUACACCACGCCUCGCGUGUUGCCCACGACCAAGCACGUCUCACGGAUAUGUUAUGGCAGAAACUAAUGACUGAAGCAUUGGUGCAUGGGAAGGGCUGCGAUCUGGGGUGAGAAGCAACUAUACUACUUAGCACCCGGGAGCAUCUAUAGCGGGCAAAACUCUUUGUGUGGCAGCUGAGGAUUUUGACACGCUAGACGUGACAUCUCGAGGCUCGGUACACAAGGCUUAUUAGGACUAUACACAUAGGCCCAGGCAAUUGGACAUCAUAUGAGUCAUCAAAACAUGCCAUACUCUACAGUGAGAUGGUUGUGAAAUUUAUUCGAUCGGUGGUACCACGGCUCGAUCCGCCCCGUUGACCAAGUCCGCGACAGUACCAUUAAAGUGUGAGCGUUAAAAUCUGCGCAAUACA